AUGAUAAGAAUAAACAAGGGAAAGUGGUUUGGGAACCCAAGAAGAAAAUCUAAAAUGAGGAGGCUUAGUUCGCUUUACAGUGGCCAUAUCACCAAUACUAUAUUUCUGGUUGCACUUCUUCUGUUACACUUACACAAUUCCUCUACUCAACUUAUCCUUGCAAAUUCUACUUCCAUCGUCAAGUUCCUUCCUGGUUUUCAAGGACCUCUUCCUUUUCUACUAGAAAGUGGCUACAUUCAAGUUUCUGAAACUGAAACUGAUGACACAGCUGAAGUUUUCUAUUAUUUUAUAGAGUCUGAGAACAAUCCUAAGGAGGAUCCUCUCUUGCUUUGGCUAACCGGCGGUCCUGGUUGCUCCUCCUUUACUGGUCUAGCCUUUGAAAUAGGUCCAAUAACAUUUAAAAACGAGGAAUACAGCGGAAGCUUACCGAAUUUGGUAUUGAAGGCUCAUUCAUGGACAAAGGUAAGUAGUAUUAUAUUUUUGGAUUUGCCUGUUGGAACUGGAUUCUCUUAUCCCAAUACAGAAAAUGCUGCUCAACAAAGCACAUCGAAGCUUGUUCGCAAUGCUCAUCAAUUUCUUCUAAAGUGGCUGAUUGAUCAUCCAGAUUUUAUCUCAAAUCAAGUGUACAUUGCUGGUGACUCGUAUUCGGGCCUUCCUGUCCCAAUUAUUGUUCAAGAAAUUUCUUAUGGAAAUGAAGGUGGUUUACAACCAUGGAUAAACCUUCAAGGAUACAUACUAGGAAAUCCUGUAACAAAGGUGUACAACAAAAAUUACCAAAUACAAUUUAAUCAUGGCAUGGCAAUUAUUUCUGAUGAACUUUAUAAGUCGCUACAACAGAACUGUGGAGGCCAGUAUAGAAAAAUAGAUCCUGAAAACGUGCUUUGUCAAAAAGACAUUCAAUCCUACGAAGAGACUAUUUCAGGAGUGAAUGUAGUUCAUAUUUUGGAACCAGAUUGCGGUGUUGAUUGGCAUGAUUCACGUGAACUUUCUAGAAAAAUGCUUCUCAUUACAAAUGCUUCUCUCAAACUGCCACCUUUAAGCUGUCGGACUUACGGAUAUUUCCUUGCUGGCUAUUGGACUAACAAUGAGAAUGUUCGCAAUGCAUUACACAUUAGAAAGGGAAGUAUAAGGAAAUGGAAUCGAUGCAAUUAUGGCAUCCCUUUUAAGCACGAAAUUAUUAGCAGCUUCCCGUAUCAUGCAAAUCUUAGCAGAAAAGGCUAUCGUUCAUUAAUAUACAGCGGGGAUCAUGACAUGAUGGUUCCAUUCUUGGAUACUCAAGCAUGGAUAGCAUCUUUAAACUACUCCAUAGUGGAUGAUUGGAGGCAAUGGUAUUCAGAUGGUCAAAUAGCAGGAUACACAAGAACUUACUCAAAUCGAAUGACAUUUGCGACUAUAAAGGGAGGAGGACAUACAGCUCCGGAGUACAAGCCAAAAGAAUGCUUCGCCAUGUUUAGUAGGUGGCUAUCUAAUAAGGAACUCUAA